AUGCCGGGCAUGAAGGACUCAGUUUUCCAAAGGGUAUGGAGCGGCCGGGUUGUGACAAAGCGCAAGGCGUGGGAACUCUUAUCGUUGGUCGACCAGAUUCACUCAUGGGGAGUGACAGAACACCGAGAUUUCGUCAUCAAACACAUGGAGGCUUGGCACGCAUUUGGGAGGAUGUGCUAUGCCAAUGAAUUUGAAUUCCUGGGCCAGCAACUUGGCACGGAUUGGUUCAAGAAAUGGUGGGAGGAACACAGCAAAUCUAUUAUACUAGGGCCAAUGGCGUCCCUGCAGCUAGCAGGUUGGGUUGAAAGCUUAACUGCGGAUGCUCAAGACAAGCUACGAUCUAGAUCUGUGUUUCAAUUUUGGGAAGCGCACCAACGAGAUGCUGAUCCCAAUACUGAUGGUGAGCUAUAA